AUGUCCACUAAGGAGAUUGUGCACACGGACGGGAGCACCUAUGUGGGAGAGGUUGACAGCGAAGACCAGCCGCAUGGCCACGGGGUGUACAAGUGGACGAACGGCGACGUGUACGAGGGCGAGUGGCACCACGGCAGCAGGGAGGGGAAAGGCCGCUGCGCCUAUGGGUCUGGCAACAUCUACGAUGGCCAUUGGAAAGACAACCAGAAGGACGGCAAGGGCAAGUUCACCUGGGAGUCGGGCGACGUCUACGAGGGCGAGUGGGCCGACGACGAGCAGCACGGGAAGGGAAGCUACACCUACGCCUCGGGCAACUCGUACGACGGCCACUGGAAGCACGACAUGAAGGACGGCAAGGGCAAGUUCAAGUGGGCUGCGUCUGGCAACGCGUACAAGGGAGAGUGGGCCGAUGACAAGCCGCACGGCAAGGGCAAGUUUACAAACGGAGCUGAUGGCCGCAAGGUCCUGCGCCACUACAGCUCUGGCCAGUGCACCCUCGAAGAAGAGUACCACAAGGACUCCUAA